AUGUCGGAUCGCGCCCCUUCAACUCUCUUUGCAACAGGACCUCCUUCGCCAUCUUCACCCACUGACGGGUCCCUUAAAGAGAACUCCCGGCCGCUUAUCUCUUCGGACCAUAUUCCCCAGACUCCGACAUCGCCUCCGUUGAUGUCGGUCAGUGAUCAAAACCAUGUCUCCAACUUUACAUCCUCCCAAACAUCACCGAAUCAGGCGACGAUCCAACGAUCGACUACUUCCUCUCCUCCCUCAUCCACACCCAUGUCAACUCAGGUUUCUCAGCAGCCUACAAUGAGUACGACAAACUCAUUUCCCACCCCCGCAAGUAGUGUAAGUGGGCAUGCGAACGCGAUCUCGGUGGAGGACUCUGAGCGCAAAUCUUUCACUACGGGAAUGCAGGACACAGUAACGUCCACGAGGGAUGCUCCCAACCACCAAAUUAUAGACGACAGACGACAGGAACACAAUCAGCAGCACUCAUCGACAAGAACAGGGAUUCGCGAUUUCGCUCUAAGUCGAGUGACGGCUAUGGACGCCAUGGACGUGGACAAGGAACCUGUCUCAGAUGUUGACAGUCGGAAUCUCGGCUUAGAAUCUCUUCAGAAGGAAUUCACAUCGGCUUUCCAUCUGUGCAAAAGCUCGCCGAUUGCAACUGGUCCUGACCCAUCAUUGGAUCUGAUAUCUCUCUAUGGACUCGGCCCGAUAGCACAGUCGGUAGCAAGAAUUCACCCAAUAACUGGCGAGAAGAUCAAUCGGCUACGCAAGUCUUACGAGGGAAAAUUGAAGGGCUUGGGAUUAGCAGGUCGAAACAAGCCCGUGAAACAAGAACCAGGCGCCCCUGGUAGUCUCCGGCAUCUAAUCAUGUGGCCUGAGGAGGAAUGGCAGAACCAGAAAGUUUUCGGCAAACAGAUCAAAGUUCCAGAUAUCGAUUCCGCCCUGCAGAAUCUUCAGGGCAGAGCUAUGCAGCUUGAGCCUGGUACUGUUCCCAAUAACGAUUUCUGGGAGGAUAUUCUUGGCCAUGAAAAGCCAGCCAAAACCCAAGGCCCGGGCGAUUCCAGCAAGAAAUCUGCCCUGCCCCCUGCUGGGCGUCCCACUGCCCAGGCACCUCUCGCCGCACAAGGAGCCCAGGAACCCGAACGGGCUCGGCCCAGCCGUGGCCGCAAACGACACUACGAUGAUAAUAGCUUUGUCGGAUAUGGCGAAGGCUACGCAGAUGACGAUGAUGAGACUGGAUUCUAUUCCAAUGGCGAGGGAUCCGGAAAGAAGAAACGGAAGAAGGACCAUGUUUCCAAGGUAUCUACCCCGCUCUCCGAAAGAAGCGGAAGCUACGGAGUUGGCAUGUUUGGCAUUGGUGCUCGAUGA